AUGACGAUCCUCCUCCACGAUGUUCAGUACUUACUGCAGAUUCCUGUUGAGGGACGACUGAUGAGUAGGAGUUCUGCGCAGCUUGACCAUCCGGAGGCGGGUUUGUGUGCGCUUCUUGGGAUGAACUCGGAGCAGUUGAGUGGUCGUUCGGAGGUCCCUGAAUAUAAUAAUAGGGGUAAGUGGUACGAGAAGGGUGGUUUUCUUGCAGAGAUGGCGUCCAGAUACUUGCAGAGCCACGGGACACAUGUGACAGAGGCGCAGUCGUACUUGUUGUUGCUGUUGGGGUCCACUUUGUUUGUGGACAAGAGUAGAGACAGGGUUCGGUCGGUGGUGAACCUAUUUUUGGACGAGUUGGAGGAGUUAGAUCAGUAUAGUUGGGCGUCAGGUACACUUGCUUGGUUGUACAGAUACCUUGGUCAGGCGUCUCGUGCUGGUGCCAGGGGGAUGGCUGGUUGUCUCACACUUCUGCAGUGCUGGAUCUACGAGUACUUUCCGGGUUUCAGGCCAUCUCACUUCGAGCCUGCCGCUGUUGGAACUGAUGAUGCUUGGGCUUCACGAUGGGUUGGGCAGCCGACACCUGGUUCUGUGGCUGAUUCCAGUGGGAGGUUGGCGUUCUACCGUCGAGCUCUUGACAGCUUGACCCCUUCUGAUGUGUUUUGGAAACCUUUCCAUCAAAGGCCUCAUCAGGCAGUGCGUCGCUCUUUGUACACUGGAGUCAUCCGGUUCGCUGACAUAGGCGAGUUCUAUGAUCUAGCCCGUUGCCUCCGACAGUUUGGAUACCGACAGAUGGUACAGCCUGCCCCUUCGCGUCCUCAGCAAGCAGACCGACCAGAGGCACCUGGUGGAUAUGUCAUUCGGAUUCCUGAGAGUUUUGAUGCUGCAUGGGAUGCUCUGCUAUCCCACAUGGUUCAUAUAGACAUGUACUCUCAGCCGUGGACGACGUAUCCAUAUGAGACUACGAGAGACAAUCUUGACUGGUUCGUGGCGCACUCUCAUUGUAGAGUCCUACGGGAUGAUGGAGAGGCAGAUCGACUAGUUGACUCCGCAGCGGUAAGAUUUGACCACUAA